AUGAGGGAGUCACAUAUCAUUAAUUAUACAAGAAGUACAACUUAUUUAUUAGAACAAAGGGGAUCUGGACAUAUACUAGAACCCAGGAAAUCAACUGCACUUUGUAAUAUUAUGGACUCGUUUUCAAAGGCAGAUCUGGAAAAGAUCGUCACACGCGAGGACUAUAAUUCCCAGGUAUCGCCUACUCUUUCAAGAGACUCAUUUGCUACCAGCACAACUGGCACAAAGCCUCGUCAAAGGCUCGUUCACAGAUUCAUCGACUCUUUCAAGCCUCCGCUGGAUGACGACGAGGGCUCGGACCGGAUCGUCGAGGAUGAAGAGGAGUUGCAGCCUCGUCAGAAGCUGAAAAAGACUAUGAAGUCCCGUCAUAUCGUCAUGAUGACUCUGGGGACAGGGAUAGGGACCGGGCUGUUGAUCGCUAACGCUAAAGGUCUGUAUUUCGGUGGACCGGCCUCGCUGGUGAUAGGCUACGGGCUGGUGUCCUUCGUUACAUAUUUCGUCAUUCAGGCAGCCGGGGAAAUGGCCGUCGCAUACCCGACUCUGCCUGGUAAUUUCAACACUUACAUGUCCACAUUCGUCUCCAAACCAUACGGGUUUGCCACCGUUUGGCUAUACUCCGUGCAAUGGUUGACCGUGCUUCCUUUGGAAUUGAUCUCUGCGACGAUUACUAUCAAAUACUGGACCACGAGUGUGGAUCCCGACGUGUUCGUGGUGAUCAUCUACGUCGUACUGAUUAUGAUUCAUUUGUUUGGUGUGCAAGCCUACGGUGAGACAGAAUUCAUCUUCAACGCGUGUAAAAUUAUCAUGAUUGCAGGUUUCAUUAUCUUGUCCAUCGUCAUCAACUGUGGUGGUGCAGGCAACGACGGGUACAUUGGUGGGAAGUACUGGCACGACCCAGGUGCGUUUGCUAGUGACGGUGGUGUUCAACGUUUCAAAUCCAUUUGCUACAUUCUGGUCACAGGGUACUUCUCUUACGGUGGUACCGAACUGUUUGUGUUGUCCGUGGCAGAACAAGAAAACCCAAGAAAAUCCACCCCGAUCGCUGCCAAACAGUCCAUCUACCGUAUCGUGGUGAUCUACCUGUUGACUAUGAUCCUGAUCGGGUUCAACGUGCCUAGGGACUCCUCGGAACUGAUGGGGUCGGCCGACUCGCAGACCCAUGCCUCGCCUUACGUCCUGGCUGCAUCCAUCCACGGUGUCAGAGUCGUGCCUCAUUUCAUCAACGCUGUGAUCCUGAUCUCGAUGAUCUCAGUCGCAAACUCCUCGUUGUAUGCGGGCCCAAGACUGUUGGCGUCCCUGGCUGAACAAGGCUACGGACCAAGCUUCAUGAAAUACAUCGACAGGAAUGGGAGACCUCUAUACGCCUUGCUGAUCUCGAUCCUGUUCGGUGUCAUCGGGUUUGCAUCCUCGUCUACAAAGGAGGAACAAGUGUUCACAUGGUUGGCUGCCAUCUCGGGGCUUUCAGAACUGUUCACUUGGGGUGGGAUCAUGCUGUCCCACUGGAGAUUCAGAAUGGCGAUGAAGACUCAAGGUAAGGACCUCGGCGAACUGGGCUACAAGGCCAACACCGGUGUGUAUGGGUCCAUCUACGGUGUGUUCUUCACAUUUCUGGUGUUCAUUGCCCAAUUCUGGGUCGCCCUAUCGCCCCCAGGGUCCGGAGGGAAGGUCUCCGCAGAGACCUUCUUCGAAAGUUACUUGGCGUUCCCGAUCUGGAUAUUCUCCUACUUUGGGUACAUGCUCUAUUACAAGGACUACACGCUGUUGAACCCCUUGGAAGAGAUCGACUUGGACUCCUUCAGAAGGGUCUACGACCCGGAACUGCUGAAGAAAGAGGACGAGACCCAGAGACAGAAGUUCAAGGAAGGCUCCUUCCUGUACAAGAUGAAGACCAUCUGGUGUUGA